CGUCAAAGACGUGCAAAUACAUUGGUGCUCUGCCAAAAUGAAACUAUUGCCAAAACUGAUGCUGUGCCUGGGCCUUUGCCUCUGCGUCUGGCCAAAGGGUGGCCAGGCGUGGCGUUUGCAGCAGCGGCGCGAGGCCAGUGCGGCACCGGAGCCGGUGCCGAAUGCGGAAUUGGAUGCGGAUAACUUUGACGACGAUGUGUCGGAUGAGUCCGAGCUGCCGGAAAAGUUUGUGUCGGAUGCCACAACCACAAUGAAGCCGCUGGGCAUUGUUUCCAUCAAGUCGCGGGCAAUUGCCAUGGAUCGAGCCCUGUGCCAGGAGCAGUCACGCUAUCAUCCGCACUAUCCCAAGUGUCAUCAGUACUGCAAGAAGCUUGAGCACUGGAUUGGCCAGUGCUGGCGCGAAAGCUGCCACUGCAUCUCCUAAGGCGUCACCAGCCACCGGCCACAGCUGCAACUUCAGCCCAAAACUUUGUACUUACAUAAUUAUAAGAUUUGUUUCACUAACUUCUAAUUACUCACACUUAUCUCUGUUUGCACUUGGCUUUUGCACUUGUUACUCACACUUAUCUUUGUUUGCACUUUCACUUGGCCAUAAUUGAUUUAUGCCUUUGGAACUUCGAUAUUCAAGAUGUGCUUAAAUAAUUUGCAACGCAUGAACUCGUUUCAUGCAGAUGAACUUCAUUUUCGUGUGCCUGAUUAAAAAGUUUUUAACCAUUUUUUGUA